UUGUGCCCUGUUUGACGCAUCGGGGAGAGCAGGGCUGGGGAGAGGAGAGCAGUAACGGGUUGUUUCAUCGCUCUGUCCCGGCUUGGUUGUUGUCGGCUUCUUCUGGGGAACGCUGCUUCAGAUAGUCACCGCUUCGAACAAACACAGGCAGGAAGAUGGAGAUAGAGAAGGAAAUGAAGAAGGUGACUCUGGGCCACGAGUUCGGCGCCGGAGCGGCUUGUUUGAAGUGCAAGGAUAAGUGCGAGGGAUUCGAGCUGCACUUCUGGAGGAAAAUCUGUCGGAACUGUAAGUGCGGCCUCACAGAACAUAAUGUGUCGAUGAAUUCGGAGGAGAACAAGAAGGUCGGCAAGCUGUUUGAAGACACGAAGUACACGGGCCUCAUAGCCAAGCUGAAGACAGACGGCAUCCCCGGGUACCAGGGCAACAUGGUGACCAUCACUCUGCCCAGCCCCACCACUGCGUACACGGUGCCUCCUACUGCUUCCUCCACGACUGUACCCCCGUCCGCCACGGCGGGGUCCGUGCAGCCCGCUGGGACCCCUGCAGGAUCGGCGCCUAUUAGCUCGCCGUCACAAGCUCAAGGGAAGCCCCAGGUUCAGUCCGCACACAUCACUAUCACUCCAGUCAAGGCUCACAAGGUGCCUGUCGCCGCCAAUGCUACAGCGGCCAGUGUGGUCCCAGUCCCCCAGGAGGUUCCAAUGAGAUCAGUCACCUACGAGUGGGCACCCCCGGUGGCCAACAAGCAUCUGGUAAUGCGUUACAUCGAACUGCUCCCGCCUGAAAAGCGUCCGGUUGCUGGGUCAGAGGGGGCCGCUUACCGUCGGCAGCAGAUGGAUCGUCAGCUGCCUGAGCACGACCAGGACCCUUCCAAGUGCCACGAGCUGAGCCCUGCUGAAGUCAAGCAAAUGCAGCAGUAUGUCCGAAAAUGCAAGGAUGAGGCCUUGGGGGUUGGAGACGUCAUGCUGCCUGAGGAGAUGGCUCAGUUUCAGGCAGGCGGACAGGGUGCAGCUGCUGUGGGCGGUGGAAGUACAACUGGGGGGUCCGGAUUGGGUCCUAAAGCUGGUAUUGGAGGGGCUGGAAACAAACCGGGGGUUGAAGUUGGCGGAGCUAAUUCUGGGCCUGUUCUUGCCGGUUCUGGUGUUGGUGGAUUUGGACCUGGGGGCAGGGGAGCCGGAGCCGGAGCCGGAGCAGCUUCAAGGCCUGGUACUGAUCAGCCGGCUGGCCUCGGACCAGCAGGAGGCGCCAUGGGUACGGCUGCUACUGCCGGGGCCAUCGGCGUUGGACAUCCACAGAAGAACUUUUCGUGCCAUCACUGUAAGAAGCCCAUGCUGUUGGGGGAGCCGGCCGUCUACGCUGAGCGGGCCGGCUACGACAAACUGUGGCACCCAGCAUGCUUUGUGUGCUGCACCUGCAGCGAACUGCUGGUGGACAUGAUUUACUUCUGGAAGAAAGGCCAGAUGUACUGCGGGCGCCACUAUGGAGACAGUGAGAAGCCCCGGUGUGCUGGCUGUGACGAGCUGAUCUUCAGUAAUGAGUACACGCAAGCUGAGGGACAGAACUGGCAUCUGAAGCAUUUCUGCUGCUUCGACUGUGACUGCAUUCUGGCUGGAGAGACCUAUGUGAUGGAGAAGGACAAGCCCAUCUGCAAACCCUGCUACAUGAAAAACUACGCCGUGAAAUGCACUUCCUGCCAGAAAGCAGUGGAACCUGAGGCUCAGAGAGUUUCCUACGGCGAGCACCACUGGCACGCUGAGCCGGAUUGCUUCAGGUGCUCCGGCUGCACCAAGUGCCUGGUCGGCCAGCGCUUCAUGGCGGUGAAGAACUGCCUGUUUUGCUCCGUGGAAUGCAAGAAGAAAGUCAUGGCGUAGACGGCCAGUGCUAUUCUGGUUCCCUGCCAGAGCAGAGAGAACAACAACAGUGGACAGUGAUGAGGAGUUAACCUAUCAGUGUCUGUUACAGUUUUCUGUAAUAUGGAAAGCUACUGUAACAGUGGGUGUGUCCAUGAUUGUCUUUGAUUCAGGGUGGGAUGUAGGAGUUGAGCUUCUUGCACUGAUUUAAUCUGCAUUUCCAACUUUUUGCUAAGGCCCUGUUUACUUGUUGCCUCCUGCAUAUGGUAACGUGAUUUACAAAAACACUGCAGAGUUGAUUUAACACCUGUCUGCCAUUAUCUUUUGUAGCACUCCUCAUUGUCCAGAUUUCACUGUUUAUUCUUUGAGUUUCACUUAGUUGAAACAGAGAUCUUUAUUCUUGGUCAACAAAAUUUAAUAAAAAUGAUUGCAAGCUUA